AUGGCAGAAGGUAUGGCUGUUAUUGGCACAGUGAAGAAAAUGAGGAUGUACAAGAGCCAGAAUUGGAGCAGCCCAGAGACCUUGAGGGUUGUAGAGCUGAGAGGAGAUAUAGAUAUAGGGAGGAGUGAGGCCACGGAGGUUUAUGCCCUGAUACAAGAUCACAGUGAGCAGGAAAUAAAGGCAUUUUAUGGUGACAUCCUGAAGUGUUAUGAUCAAGUUAAAUCAACUGAUGGGGUAACAGUAGUUGGCCACUUAAAUAUUAAAAUUGGUGAAGGAAGAUCGGAAACACAUGUCAGUCGAUUUGGUCUAGGAUCAAGAAAUGAAGGAGGAGAGAAACUGAUACAAUUUUGUCAAGAAAAUGAUCUAAUAGUGUCAAACACCUUUGAACAAUCAAAAAGACUGUUCAAAGGUGAUGUAACAAUCUCUGAUAAGUACCUAGAAGUAAACAAGAACAUUUACGUAUGCUUUGUGGACUAUGAGAAAACAUUCGAUCACAUUUAUCACCAAAAGUUAAUAGACGUAUUGCUGAAAUGUGACAUUGACAGUAAAGAUCCUUCAACCAUGACAUUGGAGAUGUUGCUGGAGGAGGUUGAGGAACCCUUGAAGGAGGUCAUGCAGUCUGAGGAAGCACCUUCACACCACUCAUGUGCAUCCUCCACCAGCUUAGAUACACACAACUUGGUUGGGCUUCCAACACAGAUGGAUACACUGUCAUAUGGCCAGAACACAUCACAUAAAAUAUGGUCCAGAGAAAUUGAGAGGACUUCUGGUCUUGAUGAAGUCCAGAGAGCAAAUGACCCUGCAGACUUGGAGGAGUUAAAGCUUGAGGUUGGGCAGUAUGAUGAACUUGAUGAAGAAGCACGGAUCUUGGCUGAGAAAGUCUUCGCUCAUGAUGCUAAAGGUGAAGAUGAAAGAGACGAGAUCUCGCCAUUCGACAUGGCAGAUGAUUGUCCAAUUGGGCAACUCGAGAUGCAGCACAAUUUCAUUGACAGAAAAUCAAAGGAAUCCACCAAGAAAAGGUUGAAGAUAAUAAUGAGAGCGAAGGAAAUUGCUACUUCAGUGCCGGUUAUCCAGGACCCUGAAGUGGCACAACCCGCAGCCUCAGCAAUUCAGAUAGUGCAGCCAUCGUACGCAGACGUACCAGAGUUCCAGAGAGUUGCUAUUACUGGAGAUUAUGCAUCAGGGGUAACUGUGGAAGAUUUCGAACUCGCCUGCAGGGGCCUGCAUAGGGCGCUAACCAUUCGGGAGAAAUACAUGCGGUUGUCAUUUCAGAGAUUCUGCAGAACCACUGCACACUUCCUGCGGACCAUGGAUAAUGAGCAUUGGAGAGAAGAGAACGAAGUGCACCCAGUAUUUACCCAACCUGGAAAGGCUGGAGAGGAUCCUUUUAGCCCAAAGGAUCUACUUGAAAAUCUUGGCUAUGUGUGUAAGAUGAAAGAUGGAGUGAUCUACGUUUAUGCCAAUAACGAAUCAGUCCAGAGAAAUGAACCCAAAGACCUACCAUACCUAGACCUGCCCACCUUCAUAGACAACAUGAAUUUUCUAAUUGCAUUGAUCGCUCAGGGGCCUGUGAAAACGUAUGCCCACAGACGCUUGAAAUUUCUUAGCUCUAAGUUCAACCUGCACGAGAUGCUGAAUGAGAUGGAAGAGAUGAAAGAAGUGAAGAUGAAUCCUCACAGAGAUUUCUACAAUGUCAGAAAGGUUGACACUCACAUCCAUGCAGCAGCUUGCAUGAAUCAGAAGCACCUCCUGCGCUUUAUAAAGAACUCGUCAAAGAUAGAUUCAGAUCGUGUUGUCUGGACUUCCAAGGGCCAGAAGCUAACUCUGAAACAGCUCUUUGAUAAAUUGAAGCUGAAUGCCUAUAACCUGACAGUUGAUUCCUUGGAUGUGCACGCAGGUCGUCAGACUUUCCAGCGCUUUGAUAAGUUCAAUGCCAAGUACAAUCCAGUGGGUGCCAGUGAACUCCGUGACCUUUAUCUGAAGACAGAGAAUGCCAUAGAUGGAGAAUACUUUGCUCAUAUCAUCCAGGAAGUGGCCUCAGAAUUGGAUGAUGCCAAGUACCAGCAUGCAGAGCCCCGUUUGUCCAUUUACGGACGGUCACCGGACGAGUGGACUAAGCUGGCAUCUUGGUUCAUCAAGCACAGGGUCCACUCUCCCAAAAUGAAAUGGAUGAUUCAGGUGCCCAGGAUCUAUGAUAUUUUCAGAGCCCAAAACUUCAUCCCACACUUUGGAAAAAUGCUUGAAAACAUCUUCAUGCCAAUUUUUGAAGCAACGGUGAACCCACAGGAUAAUAUCAAGCUCAGCAUCUUUCUCAAACAUAUCACUGGUUUUGACAGUGUGGAUGAUGAGUCCAAGCACAGUGGCCACAUGUUCUGCACAAAGAGCCCAAAGCCUGAGGAAUGGAACAUGCCAAAGAACCCUUCAUACUCCUACUACCUCUGUUAUAUGUAUGCUAACAUCAUGGUCCUCAACAACCUCCGAAGGGAGAGAGGAUUAAACACGUUUUUGUUCCGUCCACACUGUGGUGAGGCUGGAGCUGUGACACAUCUACUAACAGCAUUCAUGACAGCGGAUAACAUCUCCCACGGGCUCAAUCUGAAAAAGAGCCCAGUGCUGCAGUACUUGUACUUUCUGACUCAGAUCCCCAUCGCCUUGUCUCCUCUCAGCAACAACAGCCUCUUCCUGGAGUAUGCUAAGAAUCCACUUCCUGAGUUUAUGAGGAAGGGCCUGAUGAUCUCACUCUCCACAGAUGAUCCCAUGCAAUUCCACUACACUAAGGAACCGCUGAUGGAGGAAUAUGCAAUUGCUGCUCAGGUCUUCAAGCUGAGUACCUGUGACAUGUGUGAGAUAGCACGGAACAGUGUCCUGCAAAGUGGUUUCUCUGAACAGGAGAAGGCCCAUUUCCUGGGACCCAACUACCGUCAGGAAGGCCCAGCGGGCAAUUGCAUUCAGAAGACGAAUGUAGCUCAGAUACGAAUGGCCUACCGCUACGAAACACUCUGCUAUGAACUGAAUCUGAUCAAGGAGGGAUUGAAAGAUCUGGAGUAAAGCCACGGUUGCCACAUCAGUGGAAAAUUAGUGAUGUGGGUUAAUCUGCCAUUAGCUAUGAAAGCUACUCCUGUAGUUGUAGUUGCUCAGGUCUCCAGAGAGACUAGGAGCAUCUUUAUGAGCCAGUGGCACAGUUUGGGAAAAUUGUUAGUGAUUGCUGCAAAAUGUAAAAUGCAAGCCAAUGGUAGAUUGCUGCCUUGCCUUUCAAUGAUAGAUUAGCUAUGGGGAUGUGUGUCUUCUGCUACGAGCAUGGAUUCACAAGCCUGAGGAACACCUCAUAGUUUCCAGUCAUUUGAGCUUUUCUGCCUUCCUUCAUUGUUA